UCUUCCCCACAGCUCGGAGUUGCAGCAGGAGGAGACGGUUUGGUUCAUUCACAGCAAGUUUUUCCUCUCGGAUCCAAGUUUGAGGUUAAACCAGUUCUUUUGUGGAAGUGUAAAAGUUAGAAAUGCAUCAUGGGGUGAAUCUGACAUCUGAAGAUGAGGAUGCUGUUCCGGUGAUGAAGACAGGUCGUGACAAAACUCAGAGACAUCGCCAUGGUGAAGAAGAGUUUGCCCAGCUGGGUCCACCAGGACCCUGACGAGGGUCUCGUCCACGUGAACGUUGGGGGUCUGAAGAGAAGCCUCUGUUCCAGCACUCUGAGGAAAUUCCCAGAUACCCGACUGGGAAAACUGCUGGCGUGUGAUUCAGAGGAAGACAUUCUGCAGGUGUGUGAUGACUAUGACGUGCAGCAGAAGGAGUUUUAUUUUGACAGGAACCCCGGCCUGUUUCCAUACGUCCUCCACUUUUACCAGACUGGAAAACUCCAUGUGAUGGAGGAGCUCUGCGUCUUCUCCUUCAGUCAGGAGAUAGAGUACUGGGGCAUCAACGAGUUCUUCCUGGACACCUGCUGUAGCUACCGCUACCACGACCGUAAGCUUGAGAGCAGCCGACAUCGCAGCUGGGACGACGAGAGCGACGUCAGCAGUGUGGACACGUCCGUGGACGAGAUCUCUGAUUUAAACAAGGACAUGCAGCAUUUCCAGGAGGUGCGUUACGGGAACGUCAAAAAGUGUUUGUGGCUGACGCUGGAGAACCCGGGGUACUCCAUCCCCAGUAAGAUGUUCAGCCUGCUCUCCAUCGGAGUGGUGAUCACGUCCAUCGCCACCAUGUGCAUCAACAGCAUCCCAGAAUACCAGAGUUUUGACUCUGAUGGAAAACUGAUGGAGGACCCAACCACCCAGGCUCUGGAGGUGUUUUGCACCGGCUGGUUCACCUUUGAGGUUGUGAUGCGGCUGCUGCUCGCUCCAAACAGGAAGAAGUUCUUUCAUCACCCUCUCAACAUCAUCGACAUGGUGUCUGUGGUUCCCAUCUACAUCACCCUGAUCUUUGACCUGACUGUGGGGUCUGAGUCUGAGCUGGGGGACCUGGGGCGGCUCAUUCAGGUGUUCAGGUUAAUGAGGAUCUUCAGAGUUUUGAAGUUGGCUCGACAUUCUACGGGGCUGCGUUCACUGGGAGCAACACUCCGGCACAGUUACCGUGAAGUCGGCAUUCUGCUGCUCUACCUGGGUGUGGGCGUGUCCGUCUUCUCUGGGAUCGCGUACACGGCUGAAUGUGACGAGGACGUGGGUCUGGACACCAUCCCAGCCUGCUGGUGGUGGGGAACAGUGAGCAUGACCACGGUGGGCUACGGCGACGUGGUGCCCGUCACCGUGGCUGGGAAGCUGGCAGCCAGCGGCUGCAUCCUGGGUGGCACUUUGGUGGUGGCUCUGCCCAUCACCAUCAUCUUCAACAAGUUCUCCCAUUUCUACCGCCGGCAGAAAGCUCUGGAGGCAUCCGUGAGGAACAACAACCAGAAGAGGAUGAGGAUGAGCUGCGAGAAUGAACCGGAGGAGGAUGAAGAAUCAGACGGGGACAGUCGCUGCCUGGAUGACGACGGCGUCAAUGAUAUCGAGGAGGAUGAUAUGGAUUACAAGGAUGAAGGAGGAGUGAUAAACUACAGUUAUGUGGAGCAUCCGUCCUGCUCAUCAGCGAUGAGAAAAAAGGAGCUGCAUCAGUUGUGAACCUCAGCUCCUCUGCAGAUGUGACGUCUGAAGCACCAACUGACCGGAGUUUAAUCAGAUGCUUCAUAAACAUUCAAGCUAUGAUGAUGAUGACGAUGAU